AUGCUGGAAGGAUUGGAUGAUGAGGUUAGUAGUAGAGUUCUACUAAACCUUCAAGCAAGUUAUGAUGCUAAAGGACCAGUUGAUCUUAAGUUAAUUGAUGAUUUCAUUCCUAUUAUUAAUACAACUAUCAUUGAUAAUAAUUCAUCAUCAUAUUUAUCAAUUAUAAAUCAAAUCUUAAUCGAUGAAUCAUAUCAUAUCAUCGAUCCUCAUCAUAUUUUGAUUCCAUUAUUGGAGAAAAUCCUUUCAUAUAUCUCAUUCCAACAAAUUGUAUCUAUCUAUUCAACCGAUUAUAUCAUGGUUAAUUUGUUAGAGAAUAAGAAUAUCGAAAUUAAUAAAUUGAUUCUUUCAUUAAUCAAUCGUAAAUUGAAUGAAAUUGAAACCAUUCAAUUUCUUGAAUCUAUAUCUUAUCAAUUGAUUCAAGCUUAUUUAACCAAUAGAUCGUUGGAUUUAUCGAUUGUGAAUCAAAUUGAAUUAAUUAUUCAAAAUUUAAUCGAUUAUAAUCAUCAUGAUUUACUUAAUAAAAUGUUAAAUUAUAAUGAUUUAUACAAUACAGUGAGAUCAAAUGAAGAUGAAACCCUUUUAUUGGCUCGAUUUCUUGAUUAUUUAUUAAUUUUAAUUCCAUAUAUCAUCGAAAGUGAUCAAGAAAAUUCAUUAAAUAAACAUUAUUAUCAAUAUAAUGUUGAUAAUUUUAAAAUUGAUCCAUUAUUUUUAAUAUUAUUAAUUCAAUUCUAUGAAAAAUUAAUCCAAAAGUUGAAAUCAAGUUCUAAAGAUUUAAUAAUAUUUAGAAAUAUUGAAUCAAUUUUAAUUCAAUUAUUCUCGGAUUAUAUUGAUGCUAAAUUUGAUGAUUUUAUAAAUGAUGAAAUUAUAAAUGUCCUUAUUAAAUUAUCAUAUAUUGAUCAAACUGAUAAUGUUCAAAUCCAUCAAUUCACAAAUAAAUUAUUAUCCACCACUAAUAUCCUUAAAUCUUAUAAUCUUUUGAAAGUAUAUGAAUAUAAUUCAUCCGAUUUGAAAAUCCUCAGUUUCAUAAAUGCAAAUGUAUUAAUUGAAUUCAAUGAUCAAGUAUAUGAAGAAAUCAUUGUUAAUUUAAAUCUUUUAUCGAAUAAAUUAUAUUUCCCCAUUCUCAUAAAUUUAAUCCCAUCAUCUCAAUUAUUUGAAAAAUUAAUCCAAAAUUCACCUUAUUUGAGUUCUAAUUCAUUAUCGAAACUUUCUACUGAUAGAUUAUUUCAAAUUUUAUUACAAGUUUCAAAUUUCAAUCAUAGUAAACAAUAUUUGUUUAAUAAUUUACCAUCGAUAAUUAAUGAUCAUUUAAUUUCAAAUGAUAAAGCAUUUAUAAAUAAUGAUUUAUAUCAUUUAAAAAUUGAAAUCUUAUCUAAUUUAUUACAUGAUAUUAAUGAUGAUAAUAUUUGGAAAUCAAAUUUAUCAACCUCCUUACAAGAAUUAAAAGUUGGUAAAAAAAUUACACCCCAAGUUGAUAUUAUUGAUGAAACUAUUUAG